AUGUCUUCUUCCGGCAGUUACUCCAACCCUCCAUGCGCUACCUGCAAAUGCUUGAGAAGAAAAUGCUUGCCAAGUUGCAUUUUUGCUCCUUAUUUCCCUCUAGAGGAGCCAAUAAAGUUCACAAUCGUACACAAAGUAUUUGGUGCCAGUAACGUAAGUAAGCUCCUGAAUGAAAUCCAACCACAUCAGAGAGAAGAUGCUGUCAAUUCUCUCGCUUAUGAAGCCGAGGCGCGCUUAAAAGAUCCAGUCUAUGGCUGUGUUGGAGCAAUUUCAGUUCUUCAAAAGCAAGUUAUUCGCCUCUAA